CGCGCAACGGCAAGACAGCUGCGAAAGCCGUUAACCGCCGUCCGCCCUGGAGCCGAGGGAGGCAGGCGCUCCACGCCAAUACGCCCUCGCCGUUCCGAAGAAGCAAACUUUUAUUCCACCUUCUUAUCUAAGACCAAAAGGGAGUUUUCUUUCAGCGUUCUCACCCGCCCUCGCCGAUAUCUGAAGCGAACAGGGCGCUUACAAAGGGGCCAUAAUGUCGACUCAUUUUAAAAAAGAAAAGAAACCGCCUUAGUCCUCCAACCAGCGAGAGAACAAAGAGCUUCCCUCUCUUGCUUUCCCGCCCCGCACGUGAGAGGGGGUGCGGAUUCCCCACCCUGAAGUUGCUCCUGGGACCGCCUCUCGUCAAUGCCUAUUGGACGAAGAAAAGGCCGCGGAGCGGAAAAGGAGAAUCAUGGGUCAAACUGGAAAGAAAUCUGAGAAGGGACCAGUUUGCUGGAGGAAGCGUGUAAAGUCCGAAUAUAUGCGACUGAGGCAGCUGAAGAGGUUCAGACGGGCAGAUGAAGUAAAGAGCAUGUUUAAUUCUAAUCGUCAGAAGAUACAAGAAAGAACAGAAGUCUUAAAUCAGGAAUGGAAACAACGCCGGAUACAGCCAGUACACAUCAUGACUUCUGUGAGCUCAUUGCGUGGGACCAGGGAGUGUUCUGUGACUAGUGAUUUAGAUUUUCCAAAACAAGUAAUCCCUCUCAAGACUCUGAAUGCUGUUGCUUCGGUACCCAUAAUGUAUUCUUGGUCUCCCCUUCAACAAAAUUUUAUGGUGGAGGAUGAAACAGUUCUCCAUAACAUUCCUUAUAUGGGAGAUGAAGUACUUGACCAGGAUGGAACAUUUAUUGAAGAACUAAUAAAAAACUAUGAUGGAAAGGUGCAUGGAGAUAGAGGAUUUAGAAGACUUCUAAGAUCCUUCUCCACCUACUGUAAUGAAGAACAACUAACAAUUAACUAUGCUAAAACCCAAGAUUAUGGUGAAUGUGGGUUUAUCAAUGAUGAGAUAUUUGUAGAGCUGGUCAAUGCUCUUGGUCAGUAUAGUGAUGAUGAUGAAGAAGAUGAAGAUGACGAUGAAGAUGAUGAUGAUGAUGUUGAUAAUCUUGAUGGAAAAGCUGAAAAGGAAAAAAACCAGGAAGGCAACAGACUAGACAAAGAGAGCCAUCCACCUCGGAAAUUUCCUUCUGACAAGAUAUUUGAAGCCAUUUCUUCAAUGUUUCCAGAUAAGGGUACAGCAGAAGAACUGAAAGAAAAGUACAAAGAACUUACAGAACAGCAGCUUCCAGGAGCUCUUCCUCCCGAGUGCACACCAAACAUAGAUGGACCAAAUGCCAAAUCUGUUCAGAGAGAGCAGAGUUUGCACUCCUUUCAUACUCUCUUUUGUAGACGAUGUUUCAAGUAUGAUUGCUUCUUACACCCAUUCCACGCAACUCCUAAUACUUACAAACGGAAGAACACAGAAACGGCAAUAGAUAAUAAACCUUGUGGACCACAUUGUUAUCAGCAUCUGGAAGGAGCUAAAGAGUUUGCAGCUGCUUUAACUGCUGAGCGAAUAAAAACACCACCAAAGCGCCCAGGGGGGCGCCGAAGGGGAAGGCUCCCAAAUAACACCAGUAGGCCUAGCACUCCAACUAUAAAUGUACUGGAGUCUAAGGAUACAGAUAGUGAUAGAGAAGCUGGAACUGAAACUGGAGGUGAAAAUAAUGACAAAGAGGAAGAGGAAAAGAAAGAUGAGACUUCAAGUUCCUCUGAAGCAAAUUCUAGGUGUCAGACACCAAUCAAGAUGAAGCCAAAUAUUGAGCCUCCUGAAAAUGUUGAGUGGAGUGGUGCAGAAGCUUCAAUGUUCAGAGUUCUCAUUGGUACCUACUAUGAUAAUUUCUGUGCAAUUGCAAGAUUAAUUGGGACCAAAACUUGUAGACAGGUGUAUGAGUUCAGAGUAAAGGAAUCUAGUAUUAUUGCUCCUGCACCAGCUGAAGAUGUUGAUACUCCUCCAAGAAAGAAGAAGAGGAAACAUAGGUUGUGGGCUGCUCAUUGCAGAAAGAUACAGCUGAAGAAGGAUGGAUCAUCCAAUCAUGUUUACAACUACCAGCCAUGUGAUCACCCACGUCAGCCUUGUGACAGCUCAUGUCCUUGUGUCAUUGCUCAGAACUUCUGUGAGAAGUUCUGUCAGUGCAGUUCAGAAUGCCAAAAUAGGUUUCCUGGAUGUCGCUGCAAAGCACAAUGCAACACAAAGCAAUGUCCAUGCUACUUAGCUGUGCGUGAAUGUGAUCCGGAUCUCUGCUUGACAUGUGGAGCAGCUGACCACUGGGACAGCAAAAAUGUGUCUUGCAAGAACUGCAGUAUUCAGCGAGGAUCCAAAAAGCAUUUGCUGCUAGCACCAUCUGAUGUGGCAGGCUGGGGGAUUUUCAUUAAGGAUCCAGUGCAGAAAAAUGAAUUCAUCUCUGAAUAUUGUGGUGAGAUUAUUUCUCAGGAUGAAGCAGACAGAAGAGGAAAAGUAUAUGACAAAUACAUGUGCAGUUUUCUGUUCAAUUUGAAUAAUGAUUUUGUGGUUGAUGCGACACGGAAAGGUAACAAAAUAAGAUUCGCAAACCAUUCAGUCAAUCCUAACUGCUAUGCAAAAGUCAUGAUGGUUAAUGGAGAUCACAGAAUAGGCAUAUUUGCUAAAAGAGCAAUUCAAACUGGUGAGGAGCUGUUUUUUGAUUAUAGAUACAGUCAGGCAGAUGCUCUCAAGUAUGUAGGCAUUGAAAGAGAAAUGGAAAUCCCUUGAUACCAGCUACCUCUUCUAUGAAACAACUGCCUUAUCUUCAGGAGUUUCUAGUACUGUGGGCAAUUUUUUGAAGACUCAAUUGAUGCAAUUUGGAAUGCAAAAUUUGUGAAGUACUGUACCUGUAAUUUAUAAUGACAAAUUUUUAAAUUCAACUUUUUAUUGCCUUCUCACCAGCUGCAGCAACUUUUGUACCAUUUAAAUUUUGCAAUAAUGUUGUAUGGUACAUUUUUGAAUCUUGAAUAAAGGAUACUUGAACUUUCAA